AUGUCAGCCACGGACUUUCAAAACAUUCCUGCUAUGGACUUCGGCAUGACUCGCCCAUGCCCUCACAUCCAUCAAGCCACGAGCUUGAUAAACUUCGUCAAAACAGCCCCUGACCAUUUCAUCGAUGGCCCCUGGCCAUUCCGAACCUAUCCCAUCAAAGACAGCUUAUCUCCAGGGGUCCCAGUCCACAUGUCACCCACAGGUGAAACGAUUUGUUCUCGAUGCGGCGUCUCCUAUUGCUGCCGGGACCUAUUCUUGCUUCACAUCGAGACCUCUCUCGACCACAACCUGUGCAUUAUCUGCCACUACACAAAAGACUUCGCGGCCUUCACAGACCUGCAGGAUCAUCUCGAGGAAAUUCAUCUGUGGUGCGAGGCAUGUAACUGGUUUGCGCCUUCGUAUGAAGGGCUAAUGCAGCAUUUCCAGCACAAGCAUCUCAUGUGCACGAUUUGCAAGGAGGCGUUCAGAAACCUGAACGAGUUGAGUGGCCACGCAAACACGCACCGUCGUGUGACCGUACCAUGCUUCCUCUGCCCUGAAAAGUUCGCUCUUCGAUCCGCCGCGUUCAACCACAUCGAGUCUGGAACAUGCAUCGGUGGCGCUACCAAGGACGACAUCCGUUUCAUCGUGAAGAAUUUCUGGACUGGAUUGUCCCCUGACCACAAAGGGUAUUGGGUGUCUAAUAGCCAUAUGUUUACAUGCCAGCCCUGUCAUCGACAGUAUCAGCGCUUGAGUGAUCUCUUGCAACACAAGGAGACGAGGAGUUGUCCUGAGGGAUACUGUAAGGGGAACAGUGGCACAGAUUGGUUGGUGCAGUACGUCCAGGAACAGCUGCCUAUUCUCAUUGAGAAGCGGAAGAAGCAAGAGUCGAAGGUGGAAAUUAUGGGCUCGAAAGCUGUUGUUCAUCCUCGUGUCCGUAUAUUGCGUAAGGGGCAUUAG